AUGUCAAGUACAUGGAAAUUAGGCAGAAAACUCAAAGAAGCUAACCCACUCAGCUCAAAGUCAUCUUCCUCAAAUCUAUCCACUCAAUCUAGACAGACUUCCACAGCUUCCCCUGUAAUCUCCUCUUCUCCUUCCACUAACGGUACCUCCGUUUCUACCGCUUCUGGCGCUCCUAUUCAUCGUUCAGGUGUCCUUACCAUCAGAGUCGUCGAAGCCCGCGAUUUGGAAUUGCCGGGUCAGUCACUUCCGCAACAAAUUGAGAAAGCUUUAGCCACACAGGCUGCUGCUGCUGCCGCAAGCGUCACCUCCACAUCUGUCAACCACGCACGUCAGUCCUCUUACAGCUCCAACAACAGGGACAGCAUGCAACGCAAACAGUGCUGGUGGCUCCCUUAUAUCGUUAUGGAAUUCGAUAAGAAUGAAAUUCUUGUUGAUGCGCUCGGUGGUAGACUCGACCAGCCUGUUUGGAUGUACAAGGCUCAUUUUGAUGUUUCGAGAGCUAGCGAGAUAGCUAUAUCUACCUACCUAAGAACCGGAUCAAGCAAUCUACCUGGUCAAAAUGCCACUGGAUUAAAUGAUAUGGGCAACUCUGAUCUCUUUUUGGGUGCUGUUAAAUUCAUUCCAGAUUUUGAGUCAAACCGCGCAACAGAAUCUUGGUAUCCUGUGGCAGGUGGCUCUGGUCACAUGCUUAUUCAAGUCUCAUUCCAAGCAAGAGCCUCAUCACUGACAAUCGAGGACUUCGAUCUACUCAAGGUUAUCGGUAAAGGAUCAUUCGGCAAAGUGAUGCAAGUAAGAAAGAGAGACACUUCGCGUAUAUAUGCAUUGAAAACGAUCCGCAAAGCACAUAUUGUCAAUCGAUCCGAAGUUACACACACUCUAGCAGAAAGAACUGUUCUCGCUCAAGUCAAUAACCCAUUUAUCGUACCUUUGAAAUUCAGUUUCCAAUCAACUGAAAAGCUUUAUCUCGUUCUUGCAUUUGUCAACGGUGGCGAACUGUUCCACCAUUUGCAACGUGAAGGCCGAUUCAACGAGGCUAGGUCGAGAUUCUAUACAGCUGAAUUGUUGUUGGCACUGGAGCACUUGCACGGCUUCAAUGUCGUCUACAGAGAUCUCAAACCCGAAAAUAUCUUGUUGGAUUACACAGGACACAUCGCGUUGUGUGAUUUUGGUCUGUGUAAAUUGAACAUGACAGAAAACGAGACAACUAACACCUUCUGCGGUACACCUGAAUACCUCGCUCCGGAAUUACUUUUGAAUAAGGGAUAUACUAAAUCAGUUGAUUGGUGGACACUCGGCGUUUUGCUUUAUGAAAUGUUGUCAGGUCUACCACCAUUUUACGAUGAAAAUACCAACGAAAUGUAUAGAAAGAUUCUUCAAGAUCCACUCAGAUUUGGUGACGAGUUUAGUCCAGAUGCGAAAGAUAUUUUGUCGAGAUUGUUACAUCGUAACCCAUCUGCUAGAUUAGGAUACAAUGGUGCCCAAGAAAUCAAAGAUCAUCCAUUCUUCGUUAACAAUAUUGAAUGGAAGAGAUUGUCAUCAAAGAAAAUUCAGCCACCAUUCAAGCCUGCUGUUGCAUCUGCAAUUGAUACCAGCAACUUUGAUGAAGAAUUCACAUCUGAAGCACCUCAAGAUAGUGUAGUUGAGGACAGCCAUUUAUCACAAACUGUACAAGGACAAUUCCAAGGUUUUACAUACGUCGGUGAAUCCAACUUGAGUGAGAGUGUCGGUGUAGGUCAAAGCUUCGGUGCUUAA